GAUUGUUCCCAUAGAAACGUAACUCGCGAUCGAAUCGCGUCCGCGCGUACCUUUCCUUUGAUACGGACGUAUGUGUAGGUAACCGGGCAAACCUUGUACGGUGUGGCGGGCCUACCGCAGUCUCAAAUAUUGACACGACCCACGAUGAACCCAGGCAUCGUCCUCUGAUGUCCCGGUGUCUCGAACCCAGCCGAAAGUUCGCGCCGGAAGUCGUUACGCUCCGGAAGAUCGAACGCUCGCCGCUGAUCGGGGCUAGAAAACAGCAUGUAGGUAAAACUAGACGAGCCGUCGGAGGCUGGAUGAUGUAGGCUAUUCAUUUUCGUUUCUGCCGUAUCCUUUUCGUUCCACCAUGUCGUUAUUGACCCAGUGAUAUUUCCUUUUCUUUUCGUGCACAAUCGCGGCGCGCGCAAAGAAUGAUCGGACGUACGUCGUUAGUGGAACAAAAGAGGAUACAAUGGGCGAGAGAAAGAGAAGAAAUGGCGCGACUCAGCGGGAGUUGGGGAUUUUUGAAAAGUAACGGCAAUAUCCGCACCAACGUUCGCUAUCCGGCCGGCGCAAGAAUGUCCUUGGCGGAAACGAAGGACAGGCAAUCGUCCUCGAAACCUUUCCGUGCCAGCGGCCAUUACGGAAGCACCGCCAGCCUGAAGAGUCUCGCGAUCGAGAGCUCCGGAAACGGUAUCACGAGCCUAAAGUGUCUCGACUGCAAUGGUGGUAGCUUGAUAAAUCUCAACGAGGAACCGGAUGCGUCGCAAAUCAGGCACAGAAGCCCGAGCCUACCGCCGAUUUACAGCAAGGACCAGCAACAAUAUCUCUCUCAGAAUCAACAACGAGACUUCGGCGGCGAGGGAUUGCGUUAUCGGUCAGGAAAGCUUCAACAACACGACCAUCGGGCCUACGAUCGUUACGAGAAUCCCGAAAAAACUCAUUGCGGCUUGCAGAGCGAGGACCGCGAGGGAGAGACUUCCGGUUACGCCAGCGACUCUGUCGACGUGCCCGUAUCGACCACCGGAACAUUGUUACCGGACUGCAAGCGGCCAGGUGGAGAGAUGAUCGAGAAAACUUGGCAGAAUCCUUACUGCACCACACCCGAGAGUUCGUUGCCACCAUCGAGGAGAUUAUCUGAUGGCAGAAUUGGCGAACUUAACAGGCCAAGGUGGGGCAGUGUCUGGGGUCAGGAAACCACGCGAGGAGAUCCACCCCCGCCUUCUUGGCUUUCGAGAUUAGGACACUCGAGUCAGGUAUUGGUGAUCAAUCAUGAAAGCGCAAGCAGUUCGGACAGUUCGACGGUAGGCACGACCGGGUCUGAGACCAGCAAAACCUAUCUUCGUGGCCAAAACAUCCCUGUGGACGCAGCCAUCCUCCAGGAAAGGGAGGCGAAGAGACAGAAGGCUUUGGAGUUGCAGAACGCGAUUAAAAAGCAACUGGAAGAGAAGGAUCGACAGAGGAAGGAAGAGAAAGAGAGGCGACUGAGAGAAGAACGCUUGGAAGAGGAGCGAAUCAGGCUCGAAAGAGAAAAAGAGCAGAAAAGAUUCGAGGAAGAGCAGAGGAGAUUGAAAGAGAAGGAAGCGGCGAAGUUCAGACAAGCGGAAGCGAUGCGCGAGGUGCUAGAGGCUGCAGAACGUCUGGCCAAGGAGCAAAAGAAGAAUCGUCGCAAACGCGAAGAAACAGACGAAGACACUGCCAUUAGUUCUUCCAGAAACUUCGACUCGAAUAGUUCGAACGCAAGCCAGUUGGAUCAAGACUGUGUAAGCGAAAGGACUCGCCAGAAUUCGAGUCCUAGCAGCGAUGCUCAAGAUACGAAGAAGGACAGGGACACGUCGAGCGAGAAGGAAACAGCGGGGAGCAAUGACGAUCAGAAGCCGCGGAAUGUUUCGGAGAGAACUUCGAGCACGAACGACGUCAAAUCGGUUCAAGUUCCUAUUAGCAAAGAAGUGGCGAUAGUGUUGAGCGGUAGACUAGAGGACUCGGAACUGUUGAACAAGGCCAAUCUGCAAUUGGUGAAUCUGGUGUUGACACCGUCGCCCAGGAAACUGGAGAACAGCUCGAGCAAUCUGCUCAUGGGCUUGAACAGUUUCGUGCACGGUAUUGGAACCUCCAGGAUUCCGUCAACGAUCGUAGAGAAUAGACUGCUGACCCCUAGCAAAUACAGAGUGACGAACGGUCGAGAUUUUGGCACGCAGACCGACGUCGAGAACGAUCUCCAAGAUUCUCGCGAGGAUCUGCAGGACAUGACUAUGAAGAAUGUUACAAUGAAGGACCGCAAGAACGCGACGAAUGCUAGUAAAAGGGACAUUGAAAAGUCCACAAGCGAAGGUCCUGUUAAAAGUCAUUCUCGAUCAAAAUCUCAGCCUAGAACUUCUAUUAACUCUAGGCCGCAGUGGAAUGCUAAUAGACCAGGAACUCGAUAUCGAACUCAGAGUGAGAAGGAUCCCCAUUAUCAACGACGGUUACGGAUGAGGAGACGCCAAGUUGAAUCGAGCGACGAAAGAUCUAGGUCACCGUCACCGGACAGAAGGAAACUAAUAAACACGAAAUUGAAAACACGAUCUCUAAACAGGCAAAAAGUGAAGCCGGACAGCUACGACGCGGACCUUUCGAUGGACAGUUUGAACUCCAUCAUACCUCUACGAACCGAUAAAAAUGGACGGAUAACUAUCGAGGACAACAGAUUAGAGCGAAACGAUAAGGUUCGCUCGAUGAACGAUCGCGUUAACGAGACUGAUAAUGCCAGACAAUCGGACAAUGAGAAUUCCAAUGUCUGGUGCGGACAAGAAAUUCUGUCGAAGUUGUCCACUUUGAAAAAUGGACUAUUGAUGAAACAAAUCGAAUGGAAUUCCGAGAGAUGCUUGGUUUCUCCCGCAGCGUCCGAAAUCUUUUAACGAUAAUCAGAAAAACC